AGCCAGUUACGAACUCCCUCCUUGGAUAAUUUGGCAAGGAACUUAUUACCGACUUCUUGAAAAAGCUACAGGGAAGAUUGAACGCACGGUCGUGAUGAAUUCUUCUGUUGAAUCGGCUGGCGGUGGCUCAAUACGCGAGCGGAUGGCCAUGCUGCAGUUGAACCAAGUUGCGCGCAAUACUCCAACUCUACCCGCGGGGGCGGGACCGCCUGCGCCCCCGCCUCCUCCUCCAAAGAGGAUCCCACCCCCGCUCCCCGCGAGAAAGACGAGUCGCUUAUCAUUGGCUAGCUACCAUAGCUCGAGCUCUGGUUCGGAUGGAAGUAGCAUCACCAGCAUUGGGUCUAACCCUCCAGUUUACACUGGGAAGGAAUCUCUACCUACGCAGUUCGCAGGGAAGCCGAAAGUCCACGAACAAUUGAAAAAAUCCCCGCCUUCGCUUCCGACAAGGUCGAAGCCAGCACCGGUGCUCCCUCCGCGAGAUCCACCGCUUCCUUCGAGGUCCAAUACGAGCCCCACACAGAACCAGGCACAGCCCCAACCGACUCCCCGGCGAUUGCCUCCGCUACCCUCAAUUUCCGUUCCUCCUCUCCCGAACCGACCGAAACUCCCCGUUGAAUCUCAAAUGGAAUCCACCAUCUCCCGUGGCCCACCACCAGUACCCCUCUCGACCCGCCCAGCUCUGAGUCGUUGUCCUUCCCCUUCUAUGCCAUGCCUUGCUUGUUACGACUUUUCGGGGCCCGAUAAGCACGCGUCACUACCUCAAUUCGAGAGGACUCGUGUAGGAUCGUUGCAGCAGCUGGCGGUCGGCUUAACGGCCCCUUUCUCAAACACGCUGGACCGGGCUAGAGCCAUAUUCACGUGGCUACAUCAUAAUGUUUCCUACGAUGUUCAUGGCUUUCUUAGUGGGAAAAUGGCAUCCCAGGACCCCGAGGAAGUGCUCCAGAGUGGAACGGCUGUGUGCGCCGGAUAUGCCGAACUGUUCAACAAACUUUCUAGCUUUGUGGGGUUGGAAACAAAGGUGGUUUCAGGUCAUGGAAAAGGUUACGGUUUUAUUCCAGGAGAGCCCUAUAACAGGAAUCAUGCCUGGAGUGCAAUAAAAAUGGAUUGGGGCUGGCAUCUAAUUGACUGUUGUUGGGGAUCGGGUUCCAUUGAUGGCCCCCCAAAUCCCGGUUAUAAUAAGCGCCUAGCUCCAGAACACUUUAUAAGCACCCCUAACGUCUUCGGAAGAAGGCAUUUCCCGGAGGAUUCAAGUUGGCAAUGCAGAGAAGACGGAAGGAUAAUAGACUGGGAGGAAUACAUGAUGCCCGACCAGGAGGAGCCCGAGCCACUACGUUACUCAUCCUUUGGAGAAGAGUUUGGGUUCUCAGAGAAGGCAGUACAGCCUCCCAGCAAUAACAUUGAUUUCUUCGCCGGGAGGAGGACAGCAUUCUCCGUUGGCCUUCUAUGCGAACACAUGUCGCGGAAAGAGGAAUGGGUCCUCUUCCUAGUCAUAGGCGAGUUUAGCGAUAAGAAUUGGGCAUUAAUGGAUAGCGAUGGGCGGGGACGAUAUCAUAUUGAAGUCGAGCUGCCGGAUCAGCGAGGGCUCAAGGUCGGCUUAUACCGUGCUACAACAUGGAAAGGGCGUGAUGCCAAAGGAUUGUCGGCAAAGGAGUGGCAGGCCGAGGUUGGUGGGGUGGCGUGGGGUUGGAGUCCUAUCAUUAUUUGGGGUGCCGAUAAAUAGGCCUGAAUCGGGUAAACGCAUCUCUAGAUGCCUAGGGUUAUGUCCUAAUGAGUAUGAAUUUGUAAUCACAAUCGCUCUCGAGUUUUUGUUUUAAGAAGAAUGACCGGCACCUGUAUGUAGAGUCUAGUUCUUAACUAGGUUUAUAUGUGAGCGCAAUCAUAAUA